CUACAGGUUGUCAAAAAAUAGGGGGGCCGGGGCCGGCUCGGCCCCCUCCUGGAUCCGCGCCUGGAUUUGGUAGUAUUAUUCCAAAGAAUGUUUCGGGCUCUGCGACUGCGUCUGCGAGGCUGGCCCGGCCGACACCGUACCGCGCGCUGUCCAAUUUAUUUUAGCAUGCAACUUGGGGAGAUUGUGUUGCAACACUCGCUCGAUCACUUACAGGUAUUACGCAAUCAGCUCAUCCUCGUCAUCAAGCAAUAAAUAAAAUAGCCAGCAGUUUAUACAACUUAAUAGUAAGAACAGUAGUUGGAAAUCAUUAACAUGAAGUAGCACGAGCAGGCAACUGAACUGACAAGACUGGUCUGUUACUGAGUUAGAUGUUACCAAAAUUGAAGCUGGAAAAAACAACUAGGCCUACGUCCACCCUGAACUGAACAAUAUAGAACAAAAAGCAACGAUGAUGAGCGAUCCAAAAGGUAGUAGAACUAGAGGUAGCAGAGCUUCUUCAGGUAAAGCCUGGGUUCCAAGAGCACCAAAGGAUGAGAAGCCAAGGUUUGAAGUUUGGCUGGAGCAAAUGGAAGACCUUUGGGAGGAGCAGAAGAAGCCUCAAGUAUGCAGAAUGUUCCAUGAAGCACUAUCAUCAAUGGAACAGAGAGUACACCAUUCCUUUGUCUUGGACCUGAUAGAUCACAGUAGGGAUUUACGCAAGAGAAAGCCGGACACACUUGCACUUCUCAUCUUAAAGGAGUUUGAUACCAUGCUCAAUAUCAAGAAAAUGGCUAAAGAGGAAUUGACAAGAAUCCUGACGCCGGAGCUGAGGAUGCAUGCCUUUCAUCUAGCAGCCAGUUCUCAUUCUAAUGUCUUUGAUAUCCUGUCUAGACUCUACAAUCUGCAAGGACCUGAUAACUCUUUCUUGGUUUCUAGAGUCAGGGUCAUGCUUGCAAGGCAACAGUUCAAAGAAGCUGCAACGUGUGUGACAAAAGUGAAUCUUCAUGACUGCUUUUCUUUGGAAGAUAUCUGCCUGCCUCUUAUUUUCCAAGACAAAGCCAACAUGGUAGAGAAGUACAUUCAGGGUCAUCCUGAAUUGCAAGAGGCUCUUAUACGAAAACUGGAUGUUUUCUGUGAGCAAGGUUAUGACAUUAAUGCAUAUCUCAGUGAGAUGGAUGUUCCUGUCCCAGGGGUGAGGGUUGAGAAACUGAGAAGACGUCACCUGACCAAACUGAUCCUUCGACUGGUCAAGAUGUUCAAACUAGACAUGUCCAUCUGUCCCAACACUUCAAAGUCCAAAGAUAUUGGUGCAAUCAAGUACCUCAUCCAUAAGAGGUAUAUCGAGGAGUCAAUGCCACAAGAUACUUGGGAAGAUCUGAUAGUUUCAACCAUAGGAGACAACAAGUCCGUCCAAUCUGAUUUCAUUGACCAGCUGGUAUGGUACAAUGAUAUUCCUGCAGCCGCCCGAUGGGCAGUGCAUUAUGGGAUUGAUAUCAAUGAACUGCCUGAUGCAGUUGUCCAAGAACUGCAGAACUCUGAAACCAGCAAUGCAGCUAGCGGAAUACAAGAUGGAGCAGAAGAGAACUGGGAUGAUGAGGUAGAUGAUACUCCUACUGUUGAUUACUACCCCCUCAAUCUUCCUGAUGAUAGGAUCCUGAUCGUCUCUACGUCUACUGAUUUACAACAUUGCCUUGCUGACCUUACUAGUAAGCCUAAUAGAAUAGUAGGAAUAGACAUGGAAUGGAGACCAUCAUUCACCCCAACACAGAAAUCAAAGGUAGCCUUAUGCCAGAUAGCAACCGAAGAUGCAGCCUACCUACUGGACAUGCCAGCCCUGUGGGUAGAAGAAAGCAAAGAUAUCGUCAAGCAUUUCUUUCAACAGUUAUUACAGUCUGAAGACAUCCUUAAACUUGGUUUUGAGAUAUCUGGUGAUUACAGGAUGUUGGGUCAGUCCUACCCAGAACUCCAGGAAACACUGAAGGGAGAGAAAAGAACAGUAGAUCUCAAUGGAUUAGGCAAACAGAUCCUGAAGGAAAUUCCAAACCAUGGGAUCAGACUCAGCUCCCUUGGAUUGACCGACUUGGUUUACUUCUGUUUCAACAAGUACCUUGAUAAGAAAGAUAGAAUAUCUGACUGGGCACGUCGUCCUCUACGGCCGGCUCAAAUCACAUAUGCUGCCUUAGAUGCUUUCUGUUUGCUAGAGAUUUAUGCCCAUCUGAAAGAGAUUGUAUCAUACCACGGCCUACAGAUGAACAUGGAACCAUGGUACUCCAGUAAAACAAACAAGAAAUCAAAAUCAAAGGCUAAACCAAAACCAAACAAAACACCCAAAGAGAAGCCUUCAUUUGAAGAAGCACUCAAUCAGCCCCCUAGAGGUCCACCUAUAUCACCGGGUCAACUCGCUGUUAUAUGCGACAACAUGCUCCAAGGAUUAGGGCGCCAUCUAAGGUCAUGUGGAGUAGAUGUUAAGAUCCUUGAUAACGAUGAUGAACAUGAGGAGGCUGUGCAGAUUGCGCUUAAAGAAGGACGUGCGAUUCUGACAGCUGGAUCACCAUACAUCAUGUUAAAGUCUCGAGUGGACGAUGGUCAAAUCAUGUGUGUUGAAACCAACAGAAAAGCCAAACAUCAGGUUCAAGAUGUUCUAGACUUUUUCAACGUGACGGUCACUCCCUCAGAUAUCUUCAGUCGAUGUCAGAUAUGCAAUGGCAAUGUGUAUGCCAAAGUAACCAACCCUGAUAUGAGAAGGCUGUGGCUCCACAAGCAAACCCUCCUGGGCAAAUCACGCUACAACGACGACGAUGACGACGUCUGUGGAAACUUUGACAAUGAAAUGAUAAGUGGGUAUGACGAUUACGAAGAUGAGGAAGAUGAACUGCGUUUGAUGCGCCCUGUAAAGCAAUCUUCAAACUCUGGACAGGCAGCGACAAAGAAUCCGGUGCGGGAUGGUGCAAGCCAGCUCUGCGUGGUAGGAAAUCCAUAUGGAUACCUGACAUCACAUGCCAGCAACAAAGACAGAUCCACAACCUCUGUAGAUUCUCCCUCAGACUUUGAUCCUGCAUCUGUAUGCUCUGCUUCGGAGGCAUCCCUUGGAGCUUCAGGAUACAUGAACAACUCACCGGUGGUCUACCGAGAAGAUGCCUUGGACUUCAGCAAUGUCAAGAUAGGAAAGUCUGUGGACCUCCAAGUGGACUUGAUUCCGGAAGGGAUCUUGAAUCAGAUAGAUCAGUUCUUUUGUUGUGCAAUGUGUGGUAAGGUUUACUGGGAAGGCAAGCACUUUGUGAAGGUCUGUAACCAGUUUUCUCAUGUCUUGGAUCGGGGAGAGGAUAGGCAAGGCAGGUUACACGACGGAACUGCACAAGUUUAAAUGAUGUUUGUCAUGAUAUAAAACAUUACACCUUAAUAGAUUUGUCCGAGUUUCAGACAUGGGGUUAUGCUUUGAUCAUUUGCACAAUAAAUUUGUCUCAAAACACAAUUUCUUUUCAGGAAUGAUAAACAGUUAAAGGACAAGUACACCCCUACAAAAAGUUGAUUUGAAUAAAAAGAGAAAAUUCAACAAGCAUAACACUGAAAAUUUCAUCUAAAUCGGAUGUAAAAUCAGAGUUGUGACAUUUUAAAGUUUUUCUUAAUUUCACAAAACAGUUAAAUGUACAUCCUGGUUGGUAUGUAAAUGAGGAGACUGAUGACAUCAUCCACUCACUAUUUUUUUUUGUAUUGUAUUAUAUGAAAUGUGAAAUAUUCAAAUUUUCUCCUCAUUGUCAAGUGAACCAACAAUUAAUCCUCCCUGAACAUGUGGAAUUGGCAUUGUUUAAUACUAUAUGGUUCAGUAAAGAUGGUCCUUAUUGUCAAAUCUGUAAAAAAUGAAAUAUUUUAUAAUUCAAACAAUAAAAAACAAGAAAUAGUGAGUGAGAGACAUCAUCAACUGUCUCAACUGCAUGUCACUGAGUUGUGCAUAUCACUGUUUUGUGAAAAAUAAGCGAAACUUUAAAAUGUCAUAACUUUCUUAUUUUAUAUCUGAUUUUGAUGGAAUUUUCAGCAUUAUGCUAGUUUGAUUUUUAUUCAAAUCAACAUUUUUCUGGGGUGGACUUGACCUUUAAAAGGGAAAAGGUUAUGCAUUCGGUACUUGCAGAUCCCUUGCAGACUGAGCGGCAGAUUCUUCACUAACAUCCUACUCUGGUUAUGAUGUAUCAUGCAAUUAACAGGAACGUAUCAGACUUGGUAUCAAUUCACAUUGAUAACAUAGAAAUAGAAAAGUAAUAUUACUGCAAUCUUUUUCCUGCUGGCACUAUAUUUUAGAUUUGUUUUCUGCAAUUUUAUUAAUGAGAAUUCAACAGAAUUAGAUGCUUAUCUAUAUUACAAAAUAUGUUUUACCAUAUUUUGUCAACAUUAAGAAAUAGUAUAACAUUUUUCUAAGAAAUGAGAUUUUUUAGUUUAAUUUUGUGUAAUCUUAUAUUUUUUUAUGACCUUUAUACCAAUAGAAAACACUCAUGUAUAAUCUAUUAACCCUAAAGUGGCCGGGGGGGGGGGGGUUGAAUCAACCCCCCCUCAACAUUUUCUGCGAUCAUUCCGCUGUGCAAAAAUUUUUGACCGCGCCACUCACAGAGUUUAUACUUUUAAGUCUCGCGCAUCUUUUGAUACCAAAUUUACGACACCCGGGUACACGGUUCCGAAAUUACGCAACAUUUCGUAAGUGCAUGUCAGACCAAAAAUUGUUCCAAAACGUGAUUUUGUGUACAAAGUCAAUGCAAAUAAAGUUUUCUCAUCUUAUUCAUAAAGAUAUGAUUAUUUUUACUUUAAACAGCUGAAAUCAAUUGAUCUUAGCAUAAUUAUGCUUCAAAAAGGUUGUGCAAUAAAUCUGGUGAAAAAACAAAGAAAAACAAAAGGUUGAAAAACAAAGAAAUACAUAAGAAAUUCAUAAAACAAUAAAAUACAUAAGAAAUUGAUUUCCAAACCGAAGUUUUUUUCAAUUGCGAUUGUUGAGAAUGCUACAAAGAAUAUUUUUACAAAAAAUUAGCAUUCUAGGAGCUUUAUUUAGUGAAUUAGAGCAAAAAGUAUGAUUUAUGCAUAAAUUAGCAUAAUUAAUUCAUAAAAAAUAAAAUCUCAUUAUUUUGGAAAAUUUUACCAUACAGCCUUGUAAAUUACAUCGCACACUACCAGCGUGCAAAUUUUUACGGCGCUAGCGCGAUCGGCGGCUGAGAUCUCGGGGGGGGGGGUUGAAUCAACCCCCCCGGCCACAGAACAGCCAAAAAAGCCCGGCCUAGUUAGGGUUAAAGUGCUUAUUUCUGUAUCUCUUUGAAGCCCUGUCUAUUAUGCACUGUAUGAAUGCUUGUUCAACAAGGUACAACAAACAAUUGGAAAAUGUUCAGCAACAUUGUAGUAUCAGGACAUAGUUUGACAAAAUCAUGCCACCUAUUUAAAUUAAUGUGCAUUAAAGGGGUACUCUGGGCUACAUAGAAACCGGCUUAAAAUAAGUAAAUGAUGAAAAAGGCAAAACACUGAAAAUUUCAUUAAAAUUGGAUAUAGAGUGGAGAAAUUUGUAAAUUUCUUUGUCUACAUGAAUGUGUAAUGAGUGAGCUGUAUUAUCUCCCCCUUUGUACUUUUGUAUAUUAUCAUACUGUGUAAACUUUAUAAAAAAAAUUACUUCAAAGAAAGAUUGACCAUUUAUUCAAGUUUGUAAGACUGUCAUUGCUGUAACCUUUUUUCUUUGAUUGCAGUAGGUUGCAAGGGAGAUGAUGUUGUAAACAUAU